UGGCGUCCAUAGGCAGGUUUUGCACUCGUUACCACAGCUGCCUGCAGUUCCUCUAAUUUUCUGCAGAGGACGUCAAAGUUCCCAGUGCCUUAUCACGAAAGCAGGCAGCAGCAGCAAGUGCGCUGCGGUGGAGCUGAGCUGAGGAGAGAGAGGAGCAGGAGGAAAGAGGAGCAGGAGCUGUGUGAAAAACACCGCACGGAUGAAGGCACCGUAGCAGAUAAACUCGUUUGAUUAUUACAGCAUAUUAGAAGUCAUACACUCCUGCUCCUCCCUGCUGCGGGGACUGCACAGUCGCUGUGUGUCUUUCAUUCGGAGGGCUUGUCUGUUUUUUCACCGGGAGACUGAAUGGAAGCAGCAGCUGAGGGAGCGGUCGGCUUGUCGGAGGCCCGGGACGGAAGCCCGCUAUCCGGGGACGCAGCAUCCGAAGAUGGGGACACGGUGGUUGGUGUUAGCUAUGGCAUGGACGCCUCAGACUUUGAUGCUGCAGCUAAAAAGGCCUUCAUCACAGAGAUGCCCUCAUCCUCAGGCCAGCCUGGUCAGGGAAAAAAGAUUGGUCACAGAGGAGUGGAUGCCUCAGGAGAAACAACCUACAAAAAGACCACAUCUUCGGCCUUGAAAGGUGCUAUUCAGCUGGGCAUUGGUUACACAGUGGGCAACCUUAGCUCCAAGCCUGAGAGAGAUGUGCUGAUGCAGGACUUCUAUGUGGUGGAGAGCAUCUUCUUUCCUAGUGAAGGGAGCAACCUGACUCCAGCUCAUCAUUUCCCAGACUUCCGCUUCAAAACAUACGCUCCUGUGGCCUUUCGAUACUUCAGAGAACUGUUUGGCAUCAGGCCAGAUGACUACCUGUAUUCCCUGUGCAACGAGCCACUGAUUGAGCUGUCAAAUCCAGGAGCAAGGGGUUCGUACCUUACUAAAGACGACGAAUUUAUCAUCAAAACAGUGAUGCACAAGGAGGCUGAGUUCUUGCAGAAACUGUUGCCCGGAUACUACAUGAACUUGAAUCAAAACCCUCGUACUUUGCUGCCCAAGUUUUUUGGCCUCUACUGUGUCCAGUCCGGUGGUAAAAACAUCCGCAUGGUGGUGAUGAACAACGUUCUUCCUCGUGUCGUUCGCAUGCACCUCAAAUAUGACCUGAAGGGCUCCACCUACAAGAGGCGAGCAUCAAAGAAGGAGAGGGAAAAGGCCAGACCAACUUUCAAAGACUUGGACUUCAUGCAGGACUUACAGGACGGACUGAUGCUGGACCAGGACACCUACAAUGCACUAAGCAAGACACUGCAAAGAGACUGUCUGGUGUUGGAAAGCUUUAAGAUCAUGGACUACAGCCUGCUUCUGGGGGUUCACAACAUGGACCAGGCAGAGAGGGAAAGGCAGAUGGAAGGAUCCCAGGGCGACAGUGAUGAAAAGAGGCCCGUGGCCCAGCAGAAGGCCCUGUACUCCACAGCCAUGGAGUCCAUCCAGGGAGGAGCAGCAUGUGGAGGAUCCAUCGAUACAGACGACACGAUGGGUGGAAUUCCAGCUGUCAACGGUAAGGGGGAGAGACUUCUUCUGUACAUCGGGAUCAUUGACAUCCUGCAGUCCUACAGGCUAAUCAAGAAACUCGAGCACACAUGGAAGGCUCUGGUUCAUGAUGGGGACACUGUGUCCGUUCACCGUCCAGGCUUCUAUGCCGACAGGUUCUUGAAGUUCAUGAGCAACACUGUUUUCAAGAAGAGUUCGUCUCUAAAAUCCUCUCCAUCCAAGAAGGGACGUGUCUCACUGAUGGUGCCUAAGAGUACGGGUCCUGGUGCAGCCUGGUCAGCGAGUCAGCUGCUCUCUGAGAGAGAUGAGAAUAUCUAUGACCUGAGAGGAGCACACAGUUUCCCAACACUGGAGGAUGAGGGUGAACAAUGGCGACCAGACCUUCUUCCAUGCACUCCUCCAUCAUUUGAAGAAGCCACCACGGCCUCCAUCGCCACCACUCUGUCCUCAACCACCUCUCUGUCCAUUCCUGAAAGAUCUCCCUCUGACACAGCAGAGCAUCCUCGCUACAGGCGGCACACCCAGUCUCUCAGCCACGAUGUGAGAACCCAGGAGGAGCUGCGUGUGCGUGAGGAGGAUCAGCAGACCAUCAGAGUGGAGGUGGAGUUGAAGAGACCUGACAGUGAGCCCACAUUCUCUGUUCCACAGCUUUCACCCCAACCCAGUGUUGUUAAAGAAGAAGCUCCCGAGGCUCCUGAUGCCACUGCUGCAGAAUCCACCCCGAGUUCAUCGGUACCUGAGGCAGCCUUAUCCUCUUCAGCCUUGGCCGCUGUCUCCCUUGCAGGUGAAGGCGAAGAAGCUACAUCCACAUCCAAAGUGGUGGUGGCCGAGUGCGACCAGGCCAGUCUGUUGUCCGGCUCAGGCUGCACCAGCCAGGCUUCGGUGGACGAUGACGAUGAUGUGCCAAUCACAGAUAUCUACUUUCAGCCGGAGGACAAGACCUGGGUGUACUCUCCACUACACUAUGGCUCAGAGUCUAAAACCUCACCAGAUGGUGAUUGGGUAAAAGAGACAUAAAAGCCUGAGAGGCGGAGAGGCGUCAACAUCUCAGUGGAGAGGACUGACUGGUCUUAACCUGACCUCAGCUGUAGCAGCAGGAUCCCUCCCUGGCUGAAAACAAUAUACGUUUUAAGUGUGAUAUAAUGCAUAUUAGGGUGUGAUCUUAUAUGUUUACAUACAAGAGCAGUCAUUUUCUGUAUGUUUUGAGUCAUGCAAGCACAGCCCUCCAACAGAUGACAGGCUCUUCUACUAACUCUGCAUUUAAAGGCGUCAUGCCUCUGCUUUACUCACUCUGGAUUUUAAAUUUCUAGUUUGUUCUUCUUAUUUCUUUAUACAUUCAACAUGAUCACAUUCUAGGUGUGUUUGUUCAUCAAUUAUCGGAUUGAGAAAAUGCUCUUUUUACGUGUACAAUCCUGUAGGUUUGAGUUUUUAAACUACAAACCGCACCUUUUCUAACACUUGAGUUUCCUGUUUUAUACUGACGACUGUUUCUCGUCCACGUAAAGCUGUGGAAGAGCUCCUUGAAUUUGCCACUGAAGAACAUGAUGGCUUAUACUUCCGAGGAUUGAAGACUUCAGUGCGGUAGCUCUCACUACCUCUUAAGUCGGCUAUCAUUUGCAUUCCGCAAAUCUGCAUGUCAGUGUGCCACGUGCAGGUGUCUGCUCAGUGAUUGCAGUGAGCGGUGAAGACGUUCACCGGUCAUGGAGGGCUGUGCUUGUGGUCAUACAGUAGAUGACCAGUUAAAAGAGAAACUUCCAAACAUAGUACUGUAUGUCAUUCUCACCGUUCCUGUAUUUUAGGGUUUAAGAGGACAUUAUUUGACAUUUGAGCUGAUGGUGAUUAGUUGUGAAAGUCCUGGUAGUUUCAAAGUAAUAUCAAAUGGAUUUGUAACAUUAUUUCUGUUUUAGUUUUCCUUUAUUCCGAGUCCUAUCUUCAUCAGUAACUGUUGCUUUAUAGCUUUUUUUAUUUCCAUCCAAAGUCCUUUUUAUUUGAUGAUGAGCUAGUAACUGCAGAUUUAUUUUCUUUUCCUAAUUUGUUUACAUUUUACAUUUUGUCACGUAAUUAAGGUGUCAAUGCAUUUGUCUUCAUAACUGAGGUUUGUAUACAUAUAUAUGUCAAUAUAUAUUUGUGUAUAUGUAUAUAUAUAUAUAUAUAUGUAUAUAGUGUAUAUAUACAUAUAUACACACUGUAUAUGUAUGUGAUCAUAAAAUUCAAGUGAGAAGCAGCAUCAUUUUCCUUUAAACUCAUGUUCAAAGUAGAGUAGUGUGUUUCCACAGCUGGUGGUAAACACUGAGGGCAAAGGUGUGAUUUGUUUUACCUGAUCUUGAUCUUUUCUGGUUGAAAUAAAAUAUCACUGAUGGGUUUUUUUUAAACCUUUCAUCACCUCCUCACAGCAAUUCCAGUGACAGGAUUUUGUAAAUGUGUAAAUGUACAUGUAAAUGUUGUGAUGUCCUACCAGUUGUUUGUAUAUUUGAAUGAACACACUGCGAUAUUGCAGUGAUGACUUGUUGAGACACACUGAGUUAAUGGGUUGAUUGUUGUUAGCACUUAAAAAACAAGUGACAGAGGCCAAACAACCAUCUUGUUGAUAGAAAUGUUCAGUUUAAGCUCACGCAGCAAAAAAAAAAAAAAAAAAUUGUUAAAAGAUGGUGAAGUGGAGCAAUCUUUGUAAGCUAAGAGUUGACUAUUAGUCUCUGCGUGACUGUGUCUGAGUUGUUGGGUCUGUCACCUUUUUGGUUUAUAUUUUUGUGUUUGUGUGUAAGGGAGGACAAAUUGUUGUCAAACUGUAAACUAGGGACCACAUAGUUGUCAUGAUGUGCAAUGGCCAGAUGUCAUCACGUAACUGUUGUUCAUCACAUCACUCGGACCAUAGCAGCAAUAUUCUGUACAGUAGAGCUUUUCGGUUCAGUUUCGUUGCCUUAUUUAGAGAUUUAACACACACACACAGGCCUGUUGUUGAUAUUUCUCACGUGUUAUAUUUAUUUUAUUUUUCCGUAGCUGUGUUCCUGAGAAUGUGUACAUAAAAUAUAAAUACAUAUAUAAAGAUAUACAAAUAUAUUUUCCAUUUAAAUCUGAGAAUAUUAUUUUUAUUUGCUUUUAUUUUUUGCUGCUGGGGUUAUUACAAUCUCACACAAUUCCUUGUAUUAUAUUCCUCAGUGUGUGUGUAUAAUGAAAUGCAGCUGCUGUGUAUUUCCGGUCUGUAAAACACAGCUGUAUAUUUUUACCAGUACCCUCCCCCCCCCAAAAAAAAAAAAAACACGUAGUGAUUUAUGGGUUUUACUGUACAUGGAAAUUAAUGGGAUUCUUCCAACUGUUCAACUGUGUUGUGUUUGUGUUUCCCAUUUACUGUGUUCCGUCAUCCACUAGGGAGAGUCCUUCAACGAGACAUAGCAUGACUUCCAAAUGAAUAUGCAUAUCAGAAGUGUGUAUUUAUGUAUACCUGUGUAUAUUCAUCUAUUUCUACUGGUGGAUAAAUAGAUGAUGGUACGUGUGUGCGCGCGUGCGAAGAAUCAGAAAAUGAAAUAAAGCAAUUCUAUCUAUUGUUCCAGUAAA